AUGAAUAUCGCGGCAUUGCUAUACUUCCUGAAUGUCAUACGGGCCACUCCGGCAUUUGUCUUCUCCAGGGCCACUCGAUCAUAUGGUAUUUCCCGAUUCGAAGUACAUUCUUUACCGGAUAGUCCUGCGCUGCCAGCCAGCUGGGCUGGUCGACUUCCGGUUCCGGGCAGAGCGGAUGGGAAUGACAUCUUCUUUUGGCUGUUCCAAGCAGAGCAAGCGGUAUACAAUGAUAACUUGAUCAUUUGGUUCAAUGGCGGCCCUGGCUGUUCAUCUUUGAUAGGGCUUACGACCGGCAAUGGCCCCAUCUUGUUUGAUGGCAACUCGACCAAGCUCGUUCGCAAUCCGAAAUCGUGGACUAAACUCGGCAAUGUCUUGUAUGUCGAUCAACCAGUCGGCACAGGCUUCUCAACAGCCAGUUUCCCCUACCCGGUCAAAGACAAUGCAAGAGUGACGGCCGACUUUGCACGCUGGCUACAUGCCUUCUUCAUGCACUUCCCACACCUUUCAUCGAAGCAAAUACAUCUAAUGGGCGAGUCAUAUGCCGGCAUCUACAUACCAUACUUUGCAUCCGAACUCCUCAAUGGCAAGAACACACUACCACUGGACGUGCGUUCAAUGUCUCUCGGCGAUGGCUCGUGGGGCAACGGAGCAGCCAUGUCAUCCGUCGCAAUGGGAGCCUAUCUGAGAUCCCAAUCAUCACUUCUCAACAUUCCCGAGAACAUCCUCUCCGUCUUCGACGAAGCAGACGAAACCUGCGGGUUCAACGAUGUGCUCGAGCAAUCCGCAGUCUACCCACCAAAUAGCAAAAUCCACAUCCCAGGGAACCCAGAGUACUUCAACUUGAAGCGCCGCCGCCGCAGAGACAUGACAGACGCCCUAAACUCAACAUGCAACAUCUUCCCAACAACCCCAGCCGAAGUCCGCGCCUCAAUCUUCAACUCGACCUGCUACGGCCCCUGCGCUGCCCACUCAACAGCUAUGGACUACAUGACAACAACGUCCGACGACGGCUCCAGAAAACCAGCCUGCUACAACGUCUACGACAUCAGCCACGACUGCAGCACUGUCUCCUCAUUGCCAUUGUUAGCAGAGUACUUCAGCCGCGCCGACGUCCAGUCCGCUCUACACGUCAGCAACAGCGGCACGUAUGAAGCGUGUAACUCGACUAUUCUGGGUACACUCCUCGCGGCGGAAUCACCUGUUCCACCAGAGUACUCCAUCAUCCCGUCUCUGAUUACCGAACAUAAUGUCUCGCUACAUAUCUACAAUGGAGAGUGGGAUAUGUUGAUCAAUCACAUUGGCACCGAGUUGUCGAUUCAGAAUAUGACGUGGCGUGGUGCGCAGGGCUUCUCGCGGAAACCGAGUCGACCGUUUUAUCCUGAUAAUGCGGCGCCUUCUUCGACUAUCAACCCUAUGGCAACGUUGGCUGCUGCUGCUACUACUCUCUCGACUAUUGCGGCUACUGCUGCUCCUGCUGGUACGUGGACUAUGGAGCGUGGUGUGUCGUAUCACCUUUUCCGUGAGGCGGGACAUAGUGUUUUUGUCAAUAAGCCAAGGGAGAUGUUUGCAUUUGUGAGGGAUGUGGUUGUUGCUCCGAGGAGUGGUUGA